AUGCACUCUUCAGCAUGGCCACGCAAGGCGUCGAUGAUACCUGCGGUCAUGAGGAACGACCCCUGCCUGGCCGCGCGGCCACAGCUGCGCCGGGAGAUGGAAGCGUGGUGGGCAGGGUCACUCUGGGACCCUAGGAGCCCUGCGUUGGGGUCUGGUGAGUUCUUUGGCACCGACUUCACCUGCAGCUCGAGUAUGAGAGACGUGCUCGCGACGCUGCGGCGCUCGGACGGCGAGCGGCUGUCCCGGGCAGUGGCCCAGGGAGACCUGCAGAGCACCCGCUCGCUGCGCAGAAGCGCGGGCGACGCCACGCCCGCGCUCCACCUGGCACUGGAGAUCGGUGCAGCGCCAGAGACCGUGGACUUGUUGGCCGCCGCCUGCGACCACCUCAACGUGUGGCUGCCGGAGCCUGUGGUGGUGACUUGGGCCCGGGCCAGCUGCCGCGCCGCCCUGGACCUGGGCUGUGCGAAGGGCGCCGUGGCGCGGCUGGACGCCCUGCUGUGGGCAGGUGCUGACGUGAACUCCGUUGGCCGCGGAUCUGAGACGGCCCUCCACAUCGUGGCACGAACGCUGCAGCUGCUUUUGCAGGAGUCCCGGCGCUACGCAGUACAACAUUUGGCUUCGGUGCGGCAUGAGCUGCAGGACACAGUCUCGGAGCUUCGCCAGCUCUACCACGACCUCGUUGCACGGGGCGCGGAUGCAGGCAUGCUCGACAGGGAGGGCCUCACCGCUGUGGAGAGGCUGUCGGAGAUGUCGUGCAGCGAGCUGCUGGCCGCGAAGCGGCGGUCCUACGGCACGAAGCGCUACCGAGAAGCGAGGUGGCAGGCACCGCGAUGGGCGCCUUUGUCGCUGGCCAUCCUGGCGAGGGGCCGCGCCGUUGGCUCCCGGCGCGGCUGCCGCUGCCGGCGCUUCUGGCGGAGCUGGGCGGAGCGUUUGGGCGUCGAGGCGCCCAAGGUGGAGCUGGCCACGCUGCAGGAUGCCUUCGGCAACGAGCUGCGCGGGAUGCGCGCGACUGACGACAUCCCCAGCGAGGAGCCCAUCAUUACAGUGCCAGCGAACUGUGCGCUACAGGUCACCACUGCAGGGCCGUGCCCCGGCGACUUUGUGGCGGAGGAGGUUUGGCAGAAGCUUCCCUGGUGGGCGCAGCUGGCUGUGCUGGUGCUACGAGAGGUGAAGCAGCCGCGGCUCGCGGAGUGGGCGGCCACUCUCCCACAGAGCUUCGAGGAGAUCCCGUUGAACUGGACCAACGAAGAGCUCGCAUGGCUGGAGUACCCGGCGCUGCUCCAGCAGAUCGAGAAGCAGCGGCAGGAGAUUGAAGCCGCCUUUCGAGAUGCCAGCGCCAGUUCCCUAUCCUUCACAGAGGCGGAGUUCCUUUGGGCGGUGCAGCUGGUGAGGAGCCGCGCCUUCAGCGGGCCCUACGAAGGGCGACAGGCGCAGGACCGGGCUGUGCAGCUGGCCUUCAUCGGGGUUCUGCUUGUGUUGAGCAUCGGCACCGGCUUCGUGACCCCGGAGAACGGCGUGAACGGGGCGCUGGCCGCCGCCAUCGCCAUUCCGCUCACAGACUUUCUGGUUGGGCAGACCUCCAGCCUGAAGCGGCACGUCGUUUGCCCAGUGGUGGACUAUCUGAACCAUGAUGGGGCGACCAUUUCUGACAUCGCUUACGAGUACUUCGGCGAUGCCUUUGUGGUUCGCAUCAACGGUGGCUUCAAGGAGGGCGAGGAAGUCUGCAUAAACUACGGAGAGCAGCGAAGCAAUGACACGCUGCUGCAAUUUUACGGCUUUGUUGAGAGGGACAAUGCCAACGACACCUACACCAUGGACAUCCUGAGACAUCUGGAUGAAGAGGCUGCCAAAGAGCGGUCGCUGGAAGUGCCUUUGCCUGCUGAGGGCUGA